AUGUUUAGAGCAGUGGUUGGGCGUGUUUGCGCCUUGAAACUUCUAAGUGUGCUAACAUGGCUCCUAUUGGAUUCUAUUCCCUUAUCGUUUGUACCUAGGAGUGUUAUUGCUACAAGGCAUGGAAUCUUGCCCAAGGUCAAUUCUUGUAGCUUAAUUAGUAACCUUCGGUCUACUCGAUGUCAUUUUGGUAUUAUAAAUUCGGCAGUGCCGAAGUUGAACCCCGUAUCUGUGGUUGUCCACUCAUUUUGGGGGACUGAUUCCACGUUUAACAGAGAGCUGAGGUUGGACUGUGACAGCGGUCAAUCUGGAUUAGAGAUAAAAGAGAAGAUAUCAUCAAUAACGGGUGUACCGUUAUGCCUGCUGCGUCUAUAUGUCAGUGACAGUGCUUUACCUGAUGGUACACGCACUGCGUUUAAUGACACUGCUCGGGUGUGUGAUUUCCCAUCAUUGUUGCGUCUACACCAUGAUACAAAACAGAGGGAGCUUCAUGUGCAUAUGGAACUCCCCGUACCACUAUGUCAUGAUCUGAAAGCGGAUCCUUCAAAAUUGAAGGAGUAUGCAGCUGCAUUACGGCGAUGUAGUUCCAUGUUAUCUCGAGUUAAAUCUAGUCGUAGUAAACCUGGGUUACUUUUGGAACGUGAUAUGGCAACUGAUGAGCCUUUGGAAGCUGCUAUGUGUUCGUUAAAUGAGUUUUCUAUACCUGAAGUUUCUGAAGAAAAGGGUAAGGAUCAGAAAUCUAAUGUCAUGUUUGUGCGCCCAAACCGUCGUCUACAUCUUUUAUUUUUUGAAGACUUUCCUACCCCGGAUGGCGGUGGUAACGGUCGUCUGCGAUACUGGUUACACCGUCAUUUCCCGAUAGACUGGAUUUCCAAUGCCAAGUUUGCCUUUAUGUGUUACCUCAUCAAGGAGUACUGUGAUAACGACCCCUGGGUAAAGGAGGCAUUGAAAUACGGGCCACCAAUAUGUCUAUUAGGCCAGACCCGAGCUGGUCGCAUCUUGAGUGGUACUGUAUUUCACUUUUUGCCACUUCACAUCGUACCCAAAGGUAUGUUGUAUGUUUAA